UAAGAAUCCAACUGUUGGGCACUGGUGAUAGCUCCCCUGCAGCUAAUCAACAUGCCACAUGUCAUCCAGGAAUACGAUCAAGAGGUGUCAACCGGGCCAGGGGCACUCAAAAUGUCUCCCCUUGAAGACACUGUGUUUAUACCGCUCCAAGUGAUGCAUAAAUCAUGUGUGUAAUGAUUUGGAGAACCCAGUGUUGGUCGGCGACAGUUCAGACACACCGCUAAACCGAGUCAAUCAGUUUGCGUUGUGAAGCGCGAUCGGUGCUGGAUCCAACUUCAGAAAUCUAUUUCCAUAGAAGAUUCAGACCAUCAUAGGAAGCCGAUGGAAUGUGCUUGUAAUCUCUCACUUUUUGUGUGUGUGGGAAAUUAAGUGUUGUUUUUUCUUCAAAUCCAAACGUGUGGAGACGACUUUGUGAGAAAUCUCUUGGUUCAGUGAGCCGGUAAGCCGUAGAAAAACAGGAUUUGUGUUCCCAAUUUGACGCACAAUGGAUUGUCGGAGGAACGUGUGAUCUUUGAAGUUUGUCGUUUUCAUUCUGUAGUGGUCCCGAGUUCUCGCUACACGAUACCAGGAGUCAAGCUCUAACAGGGUGACAUUUUCGCCCCUCAGUGGGGACUCGUCAAGAGUCAAGUUUGUACAUCAAUCAGCCAUGCUAACCAUCGGCGUCUUCCUGUGUAUAUGUUGCAGUUGUCUGCGCGGUGGGUCGGCUCAGCUUUUCAGUUACCCCUGUCAGUUCAAUGGGGCUGAAACAGACCUCGCAGAUGAGAGAGGGGAGGUUGCGUUGUCCAUUAACAUUCAGGGAGAUCCAGAAUAUUACAUUCCUGGCACUUUGUAUGAAGUGAGCCUUGAAGCAACCUCGGACUUCAAUUUCCUGUCAGUCACUGGACUCUUCACAUCCAGCACCUUAACAUAUGGGGCUGGCCCACCCCUGGGGAAUGCAGUGAGUACAUCGGAUACUGGUGCCCCCAUCCCUGGUGUCCCAUAUACAUGCUCCAUGGUUCAUCAGCAGAUGCUUCGGACACCCCAGAAUUGGGCUUCUGUCUACUGGAUCGCCCCAGAAGAGGGUAGCGGUUGCGUCAACUUCAUGGUGAAUGCGUUUCUGAACCAGCAGGUUGUAUUGAAGGAUGCCCUUUCCUUGCAGCUAUGUGAAAGAGGGAUGGCCACACCCCCUCCAUUCAGGCCACAAUUAGCUUCUGUACACAGUGAUGGGGUGAUAUUGAGGGAUGAUUUUGACUCCUCGGUGGCUCUGGACUACACUCUCUGGUCGGAAAUGCAUGGCGGUAAUAUCAGCAACACAUGCGGUACAGUUCUCCAUGGUAACGCCAUGGUUUUCUGCAACGCCCUCGGGAGACGAGAGUUAAGCACUGCCCAUUUGAAUCUGACAUCCGCAACAGUUGUGCAGUUUGCCUUGAGUUCUGGUAUUUGCAAGCCUGGCAUUGGUGAUUACAGUCUGUCUGUAUCCUAUGCCAUCAAUGACCGAGUAGACUGGCAUCUGAUUGAGAAGAUACGAGUCCCAACUGAUGGCCACACUACCAUUCACAUAAUGCAUCUCCCUUUUGAGGCUCGUCAGUCAGGUGUCUGUCUUCGUCUUCAUCAAGACCUUGCUAUGGACGUUCACAGUUUCUAUGGAUGUUGGGCAUUAGAUAACGUCUUAAUAACAAGCUCAGCCAACACACCCCGCUUCUUGCAGGAGGAUUUUGAUCCAAUACGCAUGGACAACUGGCUGUUCUUUCCUGGUGGUAAUAUCAAGUCUGCCUGCCGUUCAGAGAGUAAUGCUCUAUUCUUCCAUGGAAGUAAGAGUGACCGUGAUGUCAAUCAGUUUGCAACGACGCAGGAAUUAAAUCUCUACAUCCCAGCAUCUGACAUCAUCCUUGAAGAACACAUUGAUGGGGACAGGUUACCACUAAAUUGGAAUAUCUCUGGUGGUCAUUUAAGUGAGAUGUGUGGCGUAGUGCACUCUGGAGUCUCACUGGUGUUCAGUGGUGAGGAGUACCGGUCAGUCUGCACACCGUAUAUAGAUGCAACCAACGCAGGCAAUAUGAGGUUCUACUUUACACUAGGAGGAGGCUCUUGUGAUCCAGCUGACUCCAUUGAUGUCCAAGUAGAGGUCAUUGCUGAUGUAGCUGGUAUGCAAGCUCCUAUUCUACUCAACACCCUGGCCUAUAACUCAUACCGAAAGCCCCAGGCAGUGUCUGUCAGCAUACCAGCAACUGCCAGAUCCAAAGCAACAAGAUUCUGUCUCCAGCAGAGGAUCCACCAUGGCCUGAAUCGUAACGUCUGGGCCGUGGAUGAGAUCCUGAUAUUACCAUGGCAACCACAAACUAUUAUUCAUCACUUACAAUUUGAUAUCAACAUGGGAUGUGGCUCUGGGGAUGAGAGUAGUGAGUUGAUCGAUGGUGGAGAAGGAAACACCGUGUUUGUGGAGUUUUCAACUGAUAGAGGGCGGUCUUGGUCCCUGGUUAGAGGGCAAUGCCUACCAGGGUCCUGCCAAGGAUCUGUGAUAGUAGAGAGCUCUCUGUAUAGUCACCAAGAUUUACACGAUGGAUGGACCCGUGUGAUCCUGCCAAUGCCCUCGGCAGCUUUGACUCCAAUCACAAGAUUCCGAUGGAGACAGUCUGAACCUGCUCCUCAUACUAGAUGGGGAAUUGAUAAUGUGUACAUUGGUGAUGCAUGUAGUUCUCAUAUGUGUAGCGGUCAUGGCAGAUGUACCCAGGAUGGUUGUAGUUGUGACUCAUCUUUCACUGGUGAAGACUGCAGCUUGCCAGAGUCACCUCUCUCUUCUAAUCUAACCGAGGAGUUUGAAGAUUUCAACGUGGACAUAGAUUUCAAGUUCUCUUCAGUCCGUGGUGGUGACAUUGGUUAUGAGUGUGGAGUUCUCGCUACUGGUAAAGCAUUAGUAUUCAACCAGGCCAAUAAGAGAGAGCUUAUAACACAGGAGUUAGACACAACACAAAGCAGGUACCUUCAGUUCACUGUCCGUAUUGGCAGUCACUCCAGCGUCGGAACCUGUCCCUCAUCUGAUGACCAAUCAGAAGGCUUGUUACUGUUGUACACAUGCAACAAUGGAAUUGAGUGGCAGCUGCUGAAACACAUGGAGUAUGAUGGCUACAAAACACCACGGGGAGAGGUGAUACAUCUUCCAGAGUCGGCCAAAUGUAAUGCCUGCCGUUUCCGUUGGUGGCAGGCAUCCCAUUCAGGCUUUGGUCGUGACGUCUGGGCUCUGGAUAGUAUCUCACUGACGUCCAUCCUGUAUAACACAAUCAAUCUGGACAUGAGUAAUGACCGAAUGGUCCGAGAAGGUCUCAGCUUCCAUCUUGGGGAGGUACAGGACUUCUGCAAGGCAAACUCAGCUCUUGUGUUUUCUGGCCGUAGUGAGCCUGGUGGUAUUCGGUAUGCAGAGACCCAGAGUUUACAGAUAGGUGUCUCUUAUAUACUACAGUUUGAUCUGGUGAUGGGAUGUGGACAAAGCUAUGGCCAACCUCAUAGAGAUGAUAAGAAGGUGUAUCUUGAAUAUUCUAGUGACCAUGGUUUGACCUGGCAGCUUGUGAUUAACGAAUGCCUACCAGGUCAAAGCGCUUGUCAAGAUGACUACCAUAGUGCCAGUAUUUAUGAUGACACUCAGUAUGGUGAAUGGACUCUAGUUACUGUGCUACUUCCACCAGCAACAAGAACGUCAUCCACAAGAUUCAGAUGGCGACAGUCGGUCUUCAGUCAGGACGACUCUUGGGCUAUUGAUAAUAUAUACAUAGGUAGAGAAUGUCCCAAGCUUUGCCUUGGACAUGGACACUGUGUGGAUGGCAUCUGCAGCUGUGACGGAACUGGUUACCAUGGUGAUACGUGCUCUCCUGGAUACCUUGCCUCUUCUGUCAAAUCAGAUUUUGAGGAAGCAGCUGUUCUGUUAUCUGAUUGGAGGGAAGUUCAUGGUGGAACAGUGACAAGCGGCGAGGAUGGAUGUGGAAUCAUUACUUCGGGUUCCUCCCUGUACUUCUCAGGACCUGGCGUUCGUCAAUUCGUUAGCCAUGACCUCAACACCAGAGCAGCUUCUUUUGUCCAAUUUUACAUCCGUCUCGGCGGCGAUGGCUCGGACCAAAACUGCCGUGGGGCUGAUCAGCGAGAAGAAGGAGUUUUACUACAGUACUCUAAUGAUGGUGGAAUUACAUGGACAUUGCUUCUGGAGUUAUACUUUACUGACUACAAAGAAGCCAAAUUUGUUUACCAAAAGCUUCCCCAGUUGUCAAAGACUGAGAACACCCGGUUCCGUUGGUGGCAGCCUAAACAUGGUGUAUUUGGAGACCAAUGGGCUCUAGAUGAUGUGUAUAUUGGCAAUGAAUUCAGUGCAGCAGUAGGGGAUAACACAUAUGCACAGGAUGAAGGUGUGAACCAUGACAGUCUAUGGAUGGGUAUCAGUAAUGGUGAACCAGGAAGCUACUGUAGUUCAGUUAGAAUGAAGGCAUUAGUCUUUAACCAGCAGGGAGGAGAUCGCUUUGCUAUCACUCGUAAACAGGCAUUGAAAUCGGGCGAUGUACUACAGUUUAAGAUUGUGAUAGGUUGUUUAUCUGUUGGAUUUACCCGCUUUGCCCCAGUCUACCUUCAAUAUUCUCAUGACAAUGGUCUCCAUUGGGACCAGGUGAUUGCUACGUGUUACCCUAGCAGCCAUGAUGAAGGACAUUGCAGAGAGACGGGGGAUGGCUAUGAGCAAGGCAGUUUGUACCAUGUAGGACAGUAUGCCUAUUGGAGAUUGGUGUUAAUACGUCUACCCCGGCACAUCGUUCAAAAGAAAACUCAAUUUCGUUGGUUGCAAGUUGAGGAUAAGUUUGCCCCGACAUUCAGUAUUGGUGAUGUGUACAUAGGGGAGUCAUGUCUGGAUGACUGCCAUGGGCAUGGUGUUUGUAGAGAAGGACGAUGUCAUUGUGACCAUGGAUACAGAGGAGCAAGUUGCCUGCCAGUUAGAGAGAAUCCAACUGGGAUGAUGGAUAAGUUUGAGACCUCUGUGAGUUCAUCUUGGGGUAACCCUCAAUCAGGGACAAGGAGUCAAAGCUGUGGCAUGGUCAAGAUGGAUAAUUCAUUAUACUUUGGAUCAGAUGGACCCAGAGAGGCAAGAACAAUCCCACUCAAUACCACAACCAUCAAAAUCCUUCAGUUUUAUGUACGGAUUGGCAACAUGAAUGGAGGAUCACUCUGUAAGGUUGCUACCUCCCGCAGUGAAGCUAUUAUUGUGCAGUAUUCUAGUAAUAAUGGCAUAGCAUGGCACACACUGCAAGAGUUAGAUCCCACCUCUAUGGAGCUUGCCUCACCAGUUAAGAUCACUAUGAAAUUACCAGCUGAAGCCAAGACGAAUGACACAGUGUUCAGGUGGUGGCAGCCAUUUGUAUCAAUGGAUACUACACAGGCUCAGUGGGCUCUAGAUAACGUUCUGAUCGGUGCUAAUGACACUCAUUCACAAGGCUUCUAUGAUUCAUUUGACACACAACUUACUGCCAACUGGUACUCUGUCAUGUCUGGUAACCAGAAAGCGUACUGUGAAUCAAGACGGGAUGCUUUGGUAUUUGACGGUGGAAGUGGGACUCCGAGGUAUGCCGAGACGUGGGACUUUGAAAUAACUCCCGCAACAUUUCUUCAAUUUGAAAUCGUCGUGGGAUGUGGCCAAACCACCGGCUCCUCAUCGGAGAACCCAGUUGUCUUGGAUUUCUCUGUAGAUAUGGGACAGAACUGGCAUAGAGUGAAGGAGGAUUGCAUUCCACCUGAUAUGGGAUGCGGAGGCUAUGAUUUAGGGAGUGUUUAUGCGGCUGAUAGGCACUCCAAGUGGACUAGAGUUACUGUAUAUCUAACUCAAGCUGCAGUGUCUCCUUCUACUCGUUUCCGAUGGUCCCAACCUACCUUUGAUGCAAGCCAGGAUAUCUGGGCUUUAGACUCUGUCCAUUUAGGUCUCCAUAACUGCCCAUGGAUGUGUUCUGGCCAUGGGGGAUGUCAGGAUGGCCAGUGUGUCUGUGAUUCUGGUUUUGGUGGUUCUCGCUGCGUUCCUGAACAACAACUGCCCAAGAUGUUGAAGGACGAUUUCUCUCAGGGACCCUUGUCACCGUCUCUUUGGGCAAGUGCCUACGGUGUGACGAUUGGUAGAAUGUGUGAAAGCAUCAUGGUAGCUGGAAAUGCCGCUGUCUUCAAACAGGGCACUGGUGGUCCAAGGAUGCUCGUAACACAAGAUCUUGAUUGUACCAUGAUGGAAUAUAUGCAGUUUACUUUCCGCUAUGGUUGCCCUUCACAAGGUCCAGUCUCCCCUGAUAGAUCCCACGCUGUCUUAGUCCAAUACUCCAGUAAUGGAGGCACCACGUGGGAGCUUCUUAAAGAAUUGCACUACACUGCACACCUUAUGCCAACCUUCCAUAACAUUAAGCUACCAAUGUUCCACAUCAAUGCUACACGCUUUCGUUUCUGGCAGCCAAGAUAUACAGAUGACAGAGACAACUGGGGAAUUGACGAUCUCCUCAUUGGUGGAAACUUAAUGGCUACAAACAUACUACAGACCAACUUUGAAAUAGGAAUCUCUGAAGAGGAUUGGUUGUUCUAUCCCGGUGGUCAGCUAGGCCAAUUCUGCCCUCCGAUUCAAGGCGAGAUACCCAGUAGUUUAAGAUCCACACGCUCUGCAGGAAAAACUGACAG